CCUUGACGUGACUUGGCCCGAGAUGUACGACUAUUUGUUCUGCGACUCCCAAGGGGAGGAAGAAGGACCGGGGAACCCCGUGGAGGAGGAGGCAAUACCCCUGGAAAGGGAAAUAUCUUUGCCUGAGCUGUAUGAAUAUUUUUUCAAUGAGCCUGAAGGAAACAGGAAAAAAGUCAAGGGCAAAGACAGGAAGCGAAAGAAGUUCAGCAGCCUGGGCCAAGCUCAGCUGCAAAAGGAGGACCCUGACUCAACUCCAGCCAGAGAGUCCCUGGUUAUCUCUGUCCCCGAGGUGUAUGAACACUUCUUUGCUGAUGGGCCUGGGAACAGGGGCUGGAGAGGGAUUUUCCUGACCGCUCCAGCCUCUGAGGUGAAGAAAGCCGUGGGGGCUUUGACGUCGUUCCUGCAAAGGCCAAUGCAUCUCAUCAGAGGCCAGGUGCCGGCUCCCCAUGCUCUUGUGCGGAGAGGAUCCGGAGAGAAGCUCCCCCUCGCCCCGCUGGUGCCGCUGGGAAGAGGCCAGGCACGGCCAGACGGUCUAGACAUGGCCCUUGCACUGACAGGGAGGCCCGAGGCUCCGCUGCCUCUGACUCACAAGGACAUGUGCCUCGUCUUCUGUGCCUUUGCCUCCUGGGCAGUGAAGACCUCCGAUCUGCAGGCUCCGGAUGCGUGGAAGACUAUGUUCCUGGCAACUUUUGGCACGCUUUCUGCCAUCCGUUACUUCAGAAGGCAGGUCAGAGAAGGAUACCACAAGACCUAGUCACACCACACGAGUGAGAUGCUUCCCGAGGACAGGUGAGGAAGGCAGAGAGGCUCCCAAGCCUUGUUCUUGGACAGUGUGAGAAGCUUGGAUCCCAACAUCAAGUCUUCUCUGGACCCCUUUCUAAAAGGGACAGGAUGUUACAGGAAGCAGGAUCCUUCCAGUGACAGUAAUUUACAAUAUGGUAGGCAAUUUAUACCUGUACAGAAGAGGAGCCCAGUGUGGCUGGUUCGGUUCUUUGUCUGUGGACUUCUCAAGUACUUGUGCUAUCUCCUAGGCGCUGCUUGUCCAUCCUCCUUGCUGGAAGUCAGCUUGUGACAAAGGAAGAUUUAGACAGUGGAGGAGGGGAGAGCAAAAGAAACCAGGGAGAGUGCUUUGUUUUCUGUGAAUGGGUUGGGGGUAUCGGUGAAGAUAGAGAAGAGAAAGCUUUGCAGAAGAGCUGUCUCUGAAGAUGGACAUGCUAGACUAAGCAUGUGCACCCUGCUAGCUGGGCUGAGAAAGAGAAGGAGGAUGGAGGGCAGCUUGCUUGGCAGAGCCCAGGCCUCCCAUGACUGGUUUGGCUCACUGCAGGAGGGACUCACAUACUCGGAUUUCAUUCCAAGAAGUCACCAUUCAGUCUAAUGGUUCAGGAGGCUGCAAUAAGGUUUCUGUUGCUUGCGGCUGCCUCGGCGCUGCUGAGGCAGAGCCACGGAUGCGGUGUCUCUUCCUGCGGGUGAGGAGCGCCCACCGCAGUGACACAUCUCGCUCCUGUAGGCAGAACGGGGCAGGUGUGGCACAGCCAGCACCAGGGGAAGGAGCAGUCAAAAGGAGCCCUGGAGAAGGGCUGCGCUGCGCGGAAAGAGGCUGCCCAGGCAGCAAGGAGAGGGGCUGAGCUCGGGGAAGUGCUCAGGAAAGACCUCUGACAAGGACAGGAGCAUGGUGGAAAAGAGGGAACGGGAAGCAUACGCAUUUAGCUCUGAGGCUCACCAGAUGAAGGGUCUAGGCUUACCACCUGGUCCCACUGCUGCCUCGCAUACCAGGGACAAAAAACUGGCUGGGAGGAGAUGGAGGCUGAGGAGGUGCCUUGUCUGAGUGUAACCCCAAGGGGGAAGGAGCUGGCUGGCAGGGAAGGAGGGAGGGAGACCUAGCGUGGAGGGUGUGGUGAAAAAUGAAAAGGAAGUGGUUCAGUUUCCUCCCUGUCUCUAGAGCCUCCUUGGUCACUCAAGGGCAUUAUGAAGGAGGGCUUUUCUUCACUCCCGAGCCUGAUAACAGCAUAAAUGUGAGAUCGGAUAAGCGCUUAGGGACCAGAUCCGUAAAGGUACUGGGGGAGAUCUACCCAAAAUACCUGUAUGGAUCUGCCUAUGAGCUUUACAGGAACAGUCUGCAGCAAUAAGGGUUUGUCGUAUGAAACAAGAGAGGAGAGGUUUAGCUCUUUCCUUGUAAUGCAGAGUGCAAUGCAAUUUUAGCGGGUGCGAGGUUGCAUUUAAGACCACGUAUUAUUGCCGAUAAGGGAGCAUACUGCACGACUGUACAGUGAGAUACAUAGCAGUAAAUAGUAAGAGGGGUGUACAGACUCUAGAUGGACUAUAGUAGCUGUAUAUCCAGUAUGAGGGGUUUUAUGGGAGA